AAUUGGGAGAGCGGGCGAAGCAGUCGGGAAAGCAGCAAAGCGCGUGUAAACAGCAGGGAAAUCGAGUUCGCAUUUGUGCCUUGUUUUUCUUGGCCAACGUAGCCAAAAGCAAGAAAACGUACCACUUUGGCCAGAAAUUCGCAGUGCAGCGGAAAACUGCAGAAUGCAGAAUAAGGCUGCACAACAAACGCCGAUUGGUGUGUGCGUGUGUGUACACUUGUGAGUGCCUCUCGCGAACGCGUGCUCGUGUGUGUGUGUGUGUUUGGCGUUUGAAAAAGAAAUAUUGCUCAAUGGCCCAAAAAAAGUAAGAAAUCCAAAAAAUUGGGCAGAAAAUCAAACAGCCGUGGAAAUGAGCAGAUGAAAAACAAGGGGCAGGCACAGGAAAACAAUUUCCCAAAAACGUGAAAAGUGCGGUGAAAGUGCAGCGAAAGCCAGUGAAAAGCAAAUGCAAAUAAAUGCUGUUUUUUGCGCUCAAUUUGAGUUUUUAUUUUUGUGAAAGUCUUGUGCUCUUUCUCCCCACUCUUUUCCCCUUCUUCGUCACACGCUCUUCGUAUAAAUAAAAACCACGACAAGGCAAAAGCAAAGAGAGGUUCAUCGAGGAAUUCUGGCUUUCUAGUGCGUUUGCUGGCCAUUUGAAUUAUGGCUUUUGUCAACGAGACUCUGCCGUCGCCAGCCACGGUUAGGCUGAGCACAACCAUCAGCAAAAGCCCCCAGAUCGAGUGCAAUCCGGUCCAGAAUGCGGCCACCUAUGGCGAUGCCAUCGAUGCCAGCGUCGACGGGAUUGCAGCCGACUGAAGUGCAUCCGGUGCAGCAGGUGCACGCACUUGCCACGCCCUCCGAUCCGCAGGAUAUUCACCAGGACCGGACUUCACACAGCCAUCACUCCAAACUGCCACCGCUGGAACUGCUGGUGGAGAACAAGAUCAGCUACAGCAGCUAUCAGCAGCACAACCAGAACUACAACCAAAGCCAGAGCCACCAUCAAAGCCGUUCGAAGAGGAGCUCCCUGAGCAGUCCCUCGUCCAGUGAGGAUUGCGUGAGUGCUGCCAGGGCCAGUAUCUUUGACGACGCCGCCGAGAACUUUGUGAUUAACUUCCCCUCGGAGUCGGCUGCCUCGCAGCACUUGCUGCCUCUAUCGGAGACGGUUCCAUUGCUUACCCACAUCGAGGCCACAGUGGUGGACAAACAGCGCUCCAUAAGGCUGAAUAAGAACAGUGCCUCGCUGAUAUUUACCAAGAAGGAACUGAACCAGGGCAACCAACAUCACCAUCAUCAUCACAAGCACAAUCCUCACCAGCAACAGCAGCAGCCGAGGCGGCAGCACCACAGCAGCUUGUACGGCGUUGGCAGGAAGCCCACGAAGCAUCUGCCACCCACUAGAGGUCAGCACCAGAGGCGCAGUCUGCCGCUCAGCUACAACAACAACCUGGUGACCACAGCCCCAUUAGCAGGAGGCGGAGGAGCCGGAGCAGGAGUAGCCGGUGGAGCAGGCAAGCUUGUGCCGCUCAAGCAGCAGCAUCAGCACCACGGAGCAGGCCACACGGCACCACCCACGGCGAACGUCGUUGUUCCUGGUGGAGCGGGAGCGGCUCCGUCCGCCCGCAAACAGCUCUCCUACUCCUGGUACGCGCCCGUCUACAGUGCCCUCGAGGAGGAGCUGGAGCAGGACUCGCGGGACUCCUCGCCAAUCCACAAUCUGGCCAACACAAAGCAGCACCAGCGCUCCGCCAGCCAAAAGGCCUCCACCGUCCUGCAUGCCACGCCCCGUCACGACCACGCCCACGAUUCCGCCGACGCCGAGACGGUUGCGCUCCUGGACACGCAGGCGCGCAGCAAGAUCAUCAUUUCCUCGGCGAAUGGCGAUGGUGGCGGAGCAGGGGCAGGAGGUGGCAGCGGAGGAGGAUCAGGAAACGGGGGAGCGCUGGCAGCGAACGGAGGAGGAGGCGGUGGAGAUCUGGAGAGUUCACUGGGACUGUCCGGCGGUGGGCAGUUGCCUCGGCGGCGUCGCUUCGAGAACUUUCUCAAAUCGCUGGUGGGACGCAAGGCGAGCAGCAGUCGCGGAGGAGGAGGUGGCGGGGGUGGUAUCGGAGGAGGAGGAGGAGCGGCGGUUCCAGAAAGAGAACGUCCUGCCUCGCCGGAAAUACGGAUCACCCGCACUCCCUCCGAGCAGGAUGUGGUGCUCCGGAAUCCCUCUGGCCGUCAGCUAGCCAACGGCCAGGGGCGUGGCAGCCUGAGCAUCAGCGGUUCGAGCAGCUCCUUGAAUGUGGUCCAGCAGAAGAUCUGGCACAUCAUGCGACGCGAGGGCAGCGCCAGCAGUUUGCGACAGGAGAAGUCACAGUCGAUUGUCCAGUACACGGGAUUGCGAAAGUGCGAAACUGUCCUGGCCCUCACCCGUCAAUCCCAAUCGCAUAAUCAUGUUCACGGCCUGAGCCAGAGUCGGAGCCAGGGACACUCGCUGGCCGUCCAUGGCAGUGGGAUAUUCAGCUCUGGAGGAGUAGAGCAAAUCCGGCCACUCAAUCGACUGCGGAACAGUAUAAACAGCAUGAAUGGUGCGGGCACUUGUUCGCGGUGCUCCAGCUUAUUAUCCCUGGCUGCCUCCGGGUCGCGCUACUCCCUCUCCAAUGGCUUUGUGCCCCGGCCGGAUUCGGCCUUCAAUCAGCUGGAAGCUGGGGGGGAAGAGGAGCAGCGUCGGGCGCAAGAGCCGCAUAUCAAUGUAAAUGCCCAGAUCAGACUUAGCGGAGGAGCAACUGCCAACUCAACCAGUCCCAGUCCGCCGUCCAAUGUUACCACGGCCACGCUGCACUCCAGCUGCGGGAAUAAUCUCAAUCAGGGGGAGCAGCUGGCCACGUCGACGCCCGGGACCACGCCCACUGAUGCACCCGGAGCCGGUGAAUUGGGACCCUUUGGCACCAAUCAUGCGUACCCGCUGACCGUGAGCUCCCUGCUCUCCAUGGCCAGUGCGAAUCAGGCGGCACAGGCCUGCUGCGUUCGGGAUGGGAUUACACUGAAGCGACGCGAGAUGCUCGCCUCCGCCGAUGUCACGCCCUCGCUGGGCACUCCGGCCACGCCCUCGGCCAAUCCCUUCGAGCCCUUCACCUGCAAGCUGUGCCUCAUCGACGUGGAGGACGUGGCCGAGGCCAUGGCGCUGCUGCAGUGCGGCUGCCAGUUCUGCAUCGAGUGCAUGCGAGCAUACGUGGAGUUCGAGAUCUCCGAGGGCGCCUACGAGAUUUCCUGUCCGGACGCCAAGUGCCCGGCCCAGGGCGCCAUUUCCCUGCCCGAGAUUGCGAGCCUAACCACAACGAAUCUGCUGAAGAAGCACCAUCGUUAUCGGCUGAAUCGAGAAAUCGAAUUGGACAAGACGCGCACCUGGUGUCCACGGGCUGGCUGCGAGACCAUCUGCACGGUGGGCGGACCGGCGCAGCCCGGCCAGUCCAGCGCCAUUUGCCAAAUGGACGAGUCGCCGUCGACGUCGCAGAGCUACAGCCCGCAGCAGGAGGCGGCCGGAAGCGGAAGCGCAGGUGGCUCGACCGGAAACGGGGCAGCCGUGCUCUCGGUGUCCGUGCAUUGUCCCUCCUGCAAGGACGAAUUCUGCGGCCUCUGCAAAAAGGCGUACCACCCGAACAUAAGCUGCGAGGAGUUUGGACGCCGCCUGAUUGCCGAUGGCCAGGACGACAUUGGCAUUCCCUUCGACAACGAGCUAAUCAAGUGCUGCCCCAUGUGCGCGGUGCCCAUCGAGAAGGACGAGGGCUGCGCCCAGAUGAUGUGCAAGCGCUGCAAGCACGUGUUCUGCUGGUACUGCCUGGCCAGUUUGGAUGAUGACUUUCUGCUGCGCCACUACGACAAGGGACCGUGCAAGAACAAGCUGGGCCACUCCAGGGCCUCCGUGGUCUGGCAUCGUGCCCAGGUGAUCGGCAUCUUCGCCGGCUUCGGCAUCCUGCUGCUGGUGGCCUCGCCGCUGCUGCUCCUCGCCGCUCCCUGCAUCAUUUGCUGCAAGUGCCGUGGAUGCAGCGGCUCCAAAAUCGACGAGGUGGAGGCCGAGCUGGAGGAGGAGGUCACCGCCUUGCAGGGCUAGGUGGCUGGGAUCUCCUCUCCUCUCGGCUCCUCCCAUCACAACCCCCCAUAUGCGACAUUAGGCUGCAGCCUGUAAAUGCAGCUGCUGUAACUACUGGUAGAUUACUCUAUUGUUAAUGACGACGACAAGCUUACGUACAUUUAUUUUAGUUAUUACAAUUAAAUUUGUAUAUGUGUUAACUAAAUUGUGAUAUUUACAGUGAUUCGAUUUCUAAUUGAAUCGACAAAUUUGUUGAGAACCUAUACAAAGACAAGACGCCUUCGAUUCUUUUUUAGGUUCUGUCUCUACAUACAUAAUAUGCUUUCCUCCCCCUAACUAAACUUAUGAAUAUCUACUGUAAUCGCCUAAAUCAAUCUGUAUAAAUCGAGUAGGUCCUCUUCCUAGCGCAUAAGUUAGUCUAAAUAUAUUAGGAGUACGCCUCGUAUUUCAACAGUGCUUUUAUAUCGCACCCACCCAAACGAAAACAAAAACGCCCCACUCACCCACUCAGUCCUUCUCUCAAGUAUUACGCAUGCAACUAACCUGCCCAAGAUCCUUUGGGCCACUUUGAUCAACUGCUUGGCAAUGCUUUUAUCUUCGCAUACGCAUAUAAACUGCAUAUAUUUAGGAGGUGUAUAUGAUGUCACUACUACUGUUUAUUGAAUGUAUUUAAAUUGUAAAUGUUAAUACGCAGCUAAAACAAAUGUAAAACAGACCGCUGCCCACGGCCUGCCCGAUGGCUGGGCGUGGUUUGGUUAAUGUAAAUUAUUGAAUUAUUUAAUGCAUAUACACUCAGAACACAUAUAUCAAAAUACGUAUGACAUAAAAGUGCGUGUAUAUUUAAAGAAAACAUAUUUAAACUCUACUCUUAAUGUGAACAACUACCGCGUAUGCUGUUUGAAAUAAAAAUGUUAAAAGAAA